AUGAGUGUCCGUGGCCAACUCAAGGAAGAACUCAAACAUAAAGGACCAAAUACUCGAGCCGUUUAUGAACAUCAAUCAUUUGCUGAAACAGCAGUCAAUGGUCUUGAACAACGUACACUACUCGAUAUUGAUUCAGAUCCAUGGAAUACACGUCAUACGAAUAUUAUUUGUACACUAGGGCCUGCAUCACAAAGUGUUGAAAUGCUUACAAAAAUGAUCAAAGCAGGAAUGAAUAUAGCUCGACUAAAUUUUUCACAUGGAUCAUAUGAAUAUCACAAAAAAAGUAUUGAAAAUGUUCGUAUAGCUGAAAAAUUAGCAGAAGGACCAGAUGAAUUUCGAUGUGUUGCAAUUGCAUUAGAUACUAAAGGUCCAGAAAUUCGAACAGGCAUUUUAGCUGAUGGUGUUAAUAGUGAACUUGAUUUACAAAAUGGAAUGAUUGUUCGUAUAACAACAGAUAAAACCUUUGCAGAUAAAUCUUCUAUAGAUAAUUUAUAUGUUGAUUAUAAAAAUAUAGUUCAUGUUAUUAAAGCAGGAAAUCGAAUUUUUAUUGAUGAUGGUCUUCUUUCAUUGCUUGUUAAAGAAGUUGGAAAUGACUAUCUUAUAUGUGAAGUUGAAAAUGGAGGUCUAUUAGGUGGUCGUAAAGGUGUUAAUUUACCAGGUGUACCAAUUGAUUUACCUGCUAUAUCAGAAAAAGAUAAACAAGAUCUUGAAUUUGCUGUAGCAAAUGAUAUCGAUAUAAUUUUUGCAAGUUUUAUACGUCAAGCUGAUGGUAUUCGUGUCAUUCGACAUAUUCUUGGUGAAAAAGGAAAAAAUAUUAAAAUAAUUGCAAAAAUUGAAAAUCAACAAGGAAUUCACAAUUUUGAUUCAAUUCUUGAAGAAGCUGAUGGUAUUAUGGUUGCACGUGGUGAUAUGGGUAUUGAAAUUCUUCCACAAAAAGUUUUUGUUGCACAAAAAAUGAUGAUUGCUAAAUGUAAUCUAGCUGGUAAACCUGUUAUUUGUGCUACACAAAUGUUAGAAAGUAUGACAAAAAAUCCUCGUCCAACUCGUGCUGAAGUCAGUGAUGUAGCUAAUGCAGUUUUGGAUAAUGCUGAUUGUAUUAUGUUAUCUGGUGAGACAGCCAAAGGCAAAUAUCCUAUUCAAUGUAUUCAAUUAAUGCAUGAGAUUGUUCGAGAAGCUGAAGCUUGCUUAUUUCAUCGAGAACUUUUUGAAAAUCUUAGUCAUUUUACUAAACCACCAUUGGGUCAAAUGCAAUCAGUAGCUAUUGCUGCUGUUGAAGCAGCUUUUAGAAGUUAUGCUUCACUUAUUAUUGUACUAACACAUUCAGGACGAUCAGCUCAACUUAUUGCCCAAUAUCGUCCUCGAGCAGUUAUAAUGGUUGUAACACGAUCUUUAAAAACAGCUCGACAUAUGCAUUUAUAUCGUGGUUGUUGUCCAGUGUAUGUUGUCGCUAAUCGAAACUCAGACUAUGAGAAAGAAGGAGAGCCUCUAUUUAAACAACAUCAUAUAUCAGCAAAUCAAGCAUUGACUAUGAGUCAAUGGUUACUUGAUGUCGAUGCUCGUGUUAUGGAUGCUCUAAAACUUGGCAAAGCACGUGGUUUUGUUUCAACUGGUGAUGCUGUUAUUGUUGUAACGGGAUGGCGUCCUGGUUAUGGUACUACAAAUACAUUACGUAUUAUCUAUUCUGAUUGA